AUGGUAUCACCUCAGGCUAGCAGCCCCCGGAUUUACGAUGGAAAAUUAGCCCUUGUCACUAGUUCGGCGAGAGGCAUCGGUGCAGCGAUCGUGCACAAUCUUGCCAGCAAAGGCUGCAACAUCAUCGUGAACCACGCGACGGCGAAAUCCGACCAAGCAGCCGCGGAUCUGUGCCACGAGCUGCAGACGGCCCACGGCAGGGAAGAGUGCAAGAAGCUCGUCAAUGCAGCCAAGACGCACUUCACCAACCCCGAGACCGGCAAAGCGCAGCUCGACAUCCUCAUCCACAAUGCCGCGCUCGGCUACUUCGGGCCGUUCGAGGGCGUGACCGAGGCCGACUUCCACACGUUGUACACCGUCAACGUCCUUGGUCCGAUCGUGCUGACGCAGGAGUUCCUGCCGCUCUUGCCCACGGACAGGUCCGGUCGGAUCAUCAUGGUGUCCAGUAUAAGCAGCGCGGUCGGUGUGGAAGGCAUGACGGUAUACGCCGGUACCAAAGGCGCGUUGGAAGCAACAGCGUGCGUCCUGAGCCGCGAACUGGCGGAACGUGCCACGGUUAAUAGUAUCUGCCCCGGCGCAGUGAUAACGGACAUGUACAGCGGUGCUUCCGAGGAGGUCAGGCAGACGCUCGCCAAGUGGAACCCCGUCACUUCGUUGGGAACAGUGCGUUCGUUGGAUACCCCCGAGGUGCAAGAGCUGGGGAAAAAGCUAGGUGGACGACCAGCAUAUGAUCACGAGAUCGCGGGGUUGCUAGAUCCUUCCGAGGUAUCCAAGGCAGUUGCCGGACCAGGUGCUCCACUCCAGCCGGCCAACGUAGCUGCCAAUACAUCCAACGGCGGCCGGAGUUCUCAACAGCAACUUCCUAAGAAAUCACAUAAUGGAUAA